AUGGACGUAGCCCAUAAACAGCUCCGCACGUGGUCCCCAACGUUUGAGCAGUGCGUGCGGUUAACGAUUCGACGCAUGCGCUCUACGUUGGGUUUGGUGUUGAUUUGCAGUGUAUAUCUUCUUGGACAUAGAGUUGGAUCCGCUAAAGAUAAACAGGCUGCUGCUCUUUCGAAUAAAGGGAACCAAUUAAAGAAGAAGGCGAAAGAAAAUAAAAACGUUGCCACUACCACAGGAAGUGAGGAUGAAUGGGAUGAGAUAAAAGCCAUGAGAAUGGAUAGGACCAACGCGGCCCUUCCAGGUCUCUUCUAUAAUUAUUCUUACAAACGUUCCAAAAACCAACCAAACAGAAAAAGAAAUCACAGAAGACGCUACCAAUACAGACACAGAAACGGAUCAGCUAAUGGAGCACGUGGGAAGACACCAUCUUCGGAUUUUACCUCAAUUUGACACC